CCCACCUCUCAAGAGCAUGGGACCAAAACGCCCAGACGGGGAUUAUUAUUUAAAGAGAUGGUGCUUCCGACGACUUGUUCGACGCCUUAAUGUCAUCAGUAUGAGAUCAUCAUCAUCCAUUGCUUGCUUGUUGACGGUGUCUGCUGUCCAAGCUACCAUCUCCCCCGGCAGCCUCGUUACCAUCUCCGGAGCCGUUGAUGUCAACAGUCAGUCGGCAUGGUGGGAUCCCCUCGAUGAGUACGGCGGUUACCAGUGGUUGGCCUACCUCCGCAACCCUCUCAGCGGAUCUACCGCCAACAACAACGUCAUGAUUGCCCGUCGCUCCAACUCUGAUGGAACAAUCUCCCGCGACUGUGUCAAGACUUCGAGUGGAGAUUGCGCCGUCUUCGUUGAUGACAGCGGUCACAAUACCCCGAGCAUCGCCGUCGACGGAGAUGGCUACGUUCAUGUUUUCACGAGCAUGCACAAUGAGGCGUGGAAGUACUAUCGUUCAGAUUCACCUUACAGCGCUACCCUUGUGGAUCACAGCUCUGAGAUGCCCGACCCGACUGUCUUGAUCACGUACCCAGUCGUGAAGCGCGAUGCUGAUGGCAAUCUGUGGUUAAUUGUCCGUGGAGAGGCGACCACCUCGGGCAGAGGCGGUUACUUCUACAAGUACACGAUGUCUUCAAACACGUGGGCCCGAAUCAGCAUCUGGGCGUAUAGGGCGGGCUACUCGGUGUAUCCCGAUGACAUUCAAUUCUCUUCUGAUGGCGAUGUGCACAUUCAGUGGGAGUGGAGCAAAUACCCGGCCUCUGCAGUGCGCCACCAAGGCAGCUACGUGCGAUACACCCCAUCGUCCGGCACGUACAGAUCUGCUUCAGGCGCCACGGUCCUUCCGCCUCUCACCCAAGACACUGCCGAUAUUGUGUACCAGCCUCUCACCUCAGGCGAGACUUACAGCGGCGACAUCAACGCUUCACCCGUGCCAGCGUUCCAAAGUGCCAAGCUUGCCCUCUAUGAAGACUCGGCGGGAGGGGUUCACAUCAACAGCGCGUACCGCUUCGCCAACGAGACGGACCAGCUGUGGCAGGUCCGCCGCGCCACGGCAACGUUUGGCACAGCGAGCCCCUGGAAGCGCGAGAUCGUUUACUCGGACGAGAAUACCAGCGCGGCCAUCGGGGUGACGCACGACGGUACGACGGUCCGCAUCUACUACUGCCUCGCCAGCGGAAGUGCUUGGGUUCUGGAGAAGAGCGGCACCUCGACGUGGACGAAUCAGGAACUCGCGCCUGCGACCGGCAAGAAAGUGAGGCGGCUGCAGGCCAAGAUGCGGUCUGACGGAACGGAUAUCUUGUAUCUGGGUGCGCCUAAUAACGUUGAUGCGAACACGGGCAGCCUGUAUUUCUUGACGGUUGGAGGUAGGGCGUGAUGGUCCUAGGAUGGACAUAUCAAACCCCAUAUUUAUUGAAUGGUAUUGAAUGGUAUUGAAGCCUCUUCUUGCAUACUCUAAAC